CAAUAGUGAAUGUCACUUAGGAUGGAACCAUUUUGAAGAGUCAUGUUAUAUGUUCAGUUCAGAUGCUCUUAGUUGGUAUCUAGCAGAGAGUAGCUGCCGAGGUCACGGAGCUAGACUUGCUGAGGUGACGACAAAAGCACAGUCUGACUAUUUGAUCUCGAUGGUCAAAAUACUGAAAAAUGGUCAUGAGUACUGGUUAGGCGGUAGAGAUGACAUUAUCGAGGGCACAUGGCAGUGGGCAUCAAGCGACAGAGUGUUUACAUAUACAGCAUGGGGACCAAGUAAUCCAAGUAACAGUGGUGGAAACGAGGACUGUUUACAUUUACAUGACUUUGGAUCUGAUGGAAUAAAAUGGAAUGACAUUCUAUGUCAACGUGCAAUGAAGUUUAUUUGUGAAAAACAGCUUGAUUCCGACAAUUCGGAAAUUAUUGGAUGAGAGUUUAGGCGAAAGUAUUUCUCGAGCAUCAUAAAUAAACGACUAA